CAAUCUGAGUCUUGGUAUUUCCGUGUCACGAAAGGACGAUGAGAAAGGGCGAUUGGCGAAAAAAGACGAUAAGAGCUCCACCCAUUCGAAGGAAAAAGGAAACAUGUAAUUCGAUCAGAAGCGCAUAUAAAUAGUUCAUAUUUUUGUUUCUCACUUGUCGCCUACUCACCCACAUCCUGCAUCCUGCCCGCUUUGCUGGAAUAUCGAACGUCGAAGAUGGAGCACAACGAAAUUUCCAUGUGCAUGGACGUAAAACUGGAUACACAUGACAAGCGCCCAGUGGCGAUGCGUUACAAAACGUGGACCCGCUGUGAGGUAAAGAUAGAGGCAAUUAAGUGCGUUCCUUGUUUUCUGCGGCUGAGUUUCCAGCCUAUGCCGGAUACGGAGGGUCCUUCGAAGACGCUGAGCAUCUCGGUGAACGUGCCCGGAGUCAGUCUCAGCUUGGCCACCUCUCGAACGAAGCAGUACUCGUAUGGCCUCUUCUGGACACAAAACCGACGCGACUGCUUUAUCUACUUUGCCCUUGAGACGGAGACUGCAUGUCGGAAGCACAUGAAAUGGGUGCGAAAGUCGGUAAAGAAUCUGGAGUUGUAUAGACAGGUCUUUCUGGAACAGCGACGCCUCAGCAGAGGACCUCAGGGUGUACUAGGGCCCCUUCCUAACCUGCCGGAGAUCCUAGAUGCCAGCAGCAUGUCGGCUCGUGUGUCGCAGAUCUAUGAGGAAAUUUUCGAUGGCAGUCGUAUUUCGCGGGUCUCCAUAGCCUCGGGCAUAUAUGAGGAAAUGAAGCCCGCCGUUCUUGAGGCUCCUUCUCCGCCCCCUCUGCCAGCGCAGCCACAUCGGAACCGAAUCAACACCUUUGAGUCGCAGGCAAGGGAAAUUCCACGGGCUAACACCAAUCCAGAGUCUGAAUUGGCUAAAAGAAAGAAGUACAAGAACAUGCUGGACACCCUGUUCGGAGGAGUACGCCAGAAGCGAUCUGGUAGCGUCAGUGAGACUGUCCAGGAACCCGAGGAGAACCAACUUCCGCUUUACGAGAACGCACCCACCCCAGAGCCGGUGCUCCCACUCAAACGUUCUGCCCAGCUAAGCAGAUCCCAGCGCAAUAGCUUUUCAAGCCCCGACCUCUCCAAACUAAACAUAUUGGAUGCUUUAGAAGUAGAUUCUGAUGGGCAAAACUUUGGAUCGAGUGUUGAAUUAAACAUUAGUCUAGACGAGUCGGUGAUUGAACCUUCGACUUCACGAAUGCAUUUGGUAAGCCAGAUAGCGCGGCAUUUGGCCAAAGCAGACUCCCUGGAAAGCUUAAAUGUGUCGGAGCAGCUGCCACAUAACUUCAAUUUCUCUGCCUGCAACACAUCCACCAUCAACCUGAUAGGUUCCCACGGAGCUGUCAUGCACAACACCAUCUUGAAAAAGAACAAAAUAAUUGUCGAUGACCUUACCGGAUACUGUGUGAUGGCCCCGAUUCUCAAGGGCGUGGAAAAGGGAGCACCGCCACAGCCAGGAGGCAGCACGGCAUCUACUUCUUCCGGGUAUUCUACGGGAUCCUAUUGUUCUUCCACCAGCAGCUGCAACACCGAGGACCAACCCACUAGGACCCUGGUAGCGCCAGGUGCCAACGAGAGCGGCAUUUAUGAGGCCAUGCAUGGCAAUUCCUUAAACAGCACUGUGGGAGCCGCAGCCAAUGGCUUCGCGGAGCACUUAUACGAAAACCUUCUGGCAGUUAAGGCAGCCCAAGAACUAGAGGCACAGCCCAUUGGCUUCGGAUUGAGCACCAGCACCCCCACCGAAUCGCCCCUGGCGCCAGCGUUGCCCCAGAAGGGAACACCUAAAGAAAAAUCUGUGCAGCAGCCUGAGGAGGAAGACUACUACCAAACUCCCCGAAAAUCAAUCAUAAGUGUGGAUGACAAGAUACCCUCUUAUUACCCCAACAGCUGUGACACUAUUAAGUCAAAGCGACGCAGUCCCACCGAUUACGGGCCAAGCCUGAGGCACUUGGCCAGUUCAAAGCUGCGACGCGAGCGCAAGGAGAAUCUUUACAUUUCUUCGCCGCAGCAGAUCCUCGACCAACGCCAUAAAGCAUAUCAUCCACCAUCGACAUCUACUGCACCCACGAAGACUAAAAUCUCAACGAAAAAGACUGCCGCCCACAAGAUAUCGGAUGGUGUCUAUGCUGUGACCCAUCCCGUCAAGCGUCCUAAUAGCGUCAACAGCACUAGCAGUAACAACAACAAUAAUCUGGAUGGCGCCGAAGAGGAGCUUCUGCACCUGACAAUGCUAAAGAAUAUUGAUUUCAAGUUUGACGACGGCCAUGCAGCCACGGAAGAUCAAACUGAAAAAAGACAACCCACCGUGAACGGAGGCAUAUUGCAGCCAGAGGUAGAGGAGGAAUACGAAGACCGGUACCAAGCAGCUGAACAGGCUACGCGGCUGCUGCAAAAGUACGCCACCCUGGCCAAGCUUGUCCAAUCCCCAAAGAAGACAAAACCAGCGGUGGUAAAUAUAGAACCGAUGGCUCAGUCGGUGGCUUCCACAUCCAACGAGCUGCAAUCGACCGGCACCGGCAGGAAUAAGUUUGCCUCGCUGCCCCGAUUCAAAAAAAUAGAUUUUUCGCCUUUGAAGAUGAGGCUGAACAAUGUCCUGCAGAGGAACUCUCCAUCGCCGCAACAGUAGCUAUCUUGCAGUUAAUUUAUCGCGAAUAUUUCAAGAAACGCAUGCUCUCUGACUGUCGCUUGUUUCAAUGUUAUCCGUUUGUUCUGAUUGUGAUCUUGUUACUUUGACAACUUGGUAUCAUCUAAUUUUAUGUUAAACCUGUAUGUAAUACGCUUUUCAUGAUGCACGUAGUCGUAAGCCUCUUAGGUUAUUUCUGCUAUGUCAAAAUGAACCAUAUCUGGCUCCAUUCGAGGAGUUAUACUAGUAUUAUUGUUGUGAAUGUACGAUGAGUGUCUAAGAUUUAUACGUACAUAUGGAUACGCUCAAUUAUGGAAAUUUACAAAUCGCUUUUAUAUAAAUUAUACAAACUAUAUUGUUGACUCAUUUAGGCUCAUAUUUGCUAGAGAGGAACUAAGUUGAAUUAAGGAAGUUUUAAACCUACAUACAUAGAAAAACUCAACCAUACCAAAAAAGGCUCCCGCCACCAUUUGUUAUGGCGAGCGGGGCCUUGGACUACGCUUUUUUGGCUUUGCAUAACAUAUCAGAAACUAGCUAAUCAAAUGAAAAGUGCUUUUCUAUAGCCUACCCAAAGCUCAAUUGUACCGUGACUAAGAUGUAAGCUUUAUACUGAAUUUUUGCAACGCUCGAAUAAACUAUACAGCAAA